UCCGGAUUAAUUAAUUAGAAAUGAAUAUGAUUCAAGACCGUAUCUCCGUUACCAAACAGUGAACAUUGUCUCCCAUAAUUUUUUAUUUAUAUUUUCUUUUUCCCUUUUUCUUUCUUGCUUUUCGUCUGCAAGAAAAAGCGAGUUACCAGCUCAGUGUCUGAGUCCACUGUGUCACCGCCAGCGAUCUUGAAACCAUGGAAUCGUUCCCGAGUCUAACCGUGACUCAGCGCGAUCAGAUAUUGGUUGAGCAACAAGUCUUCAACAUAUACAAAGCUUUCUACGAUAUGCCUCCCAGCUCCCAGUCCUUCAUGUUGGAGCUUCAACGGGAAAAUCACGUGGAGUACUUAACAAACGGAUUAAAACAUCUCGGUCCUUCUUUCUGUGUAUUAGAUGCUAAUCGGCCUUGGCUUUGUUAUUGGAUUAUUCAUUCGAUUGCUUUAAUGGAUGAGUUUCUAGAUCCUGAAUUGGAAGAUAAUACUAUUGAUUUUCUUAGUCGUUGUCAGGAUCCAAACGGUGGGUAUGGUGGUGGACCUGGACAGAUGCCUCAUGUUGCAACAACAUAUGCUGCAGUCAAUUCACUUGUUACAUUGGGUGGUGACAAAGCUUUGUGUUCAAUUAAUAGAGAAAAACUGUACACAUUUUUGCGGCGAAUGAAAGACCCUAACGGGGCCUUCAGAAUGCAUGAUGAUGGAGAAAUUGAUGUUCGAGCAUGUUAUACAGCCAUCUCAGUUGCCAGUCUCCUGAAUAUUUUGGAUGAUGAUCUUGUUCAAGAUGUUGGGAAUUACAUCUUAAGUUGUCAGACUUAUGAAGGGGGCAUUGCCGGGGAACCUGGUUCUGAAGCUCAUGGAGGCAUAUGCCAAUUUGUUGCUUGUGGGAUUGCUAGUAUCCAGUAUGAGAAAGCCUCCACAAGUUCUGACAAUUUAUUCAUCAGGUACACCUUUUGUGGGUUGGCUACAAUGAUUCUAAUCAAUGAGGUUGACCGUCUGGAUUUGUCUAGCUUAAUUGAUUGGGUGGUUUUCCGACAAGGAGUGGAGGGCGGAUUUCAGGGUAGAACUAAUAAACUGGUUGAUGGUUGUUACUCCUUCUGGCAGGGAGGUGUAUUUGCAUUAUUAAAAAGAUUACAAUCAACUAAGGGGGAACAAUCGGUUCCAAUGGGUGAUGGAGAAGAUAGUGGUGCAGGAAGUCCACAAACUACUGCAUCAUCAGAUGCAACAGGAGCAGAAGGUUUGAACGAGGAUUCAUCUCAGGCUGGCAGCCAUUUUGAGCAGGGAGAGCCACAUGAUGCUUCCUGUCCAGUUGUUGUUGAAAAUAUUGAUCAUAAUUCUAGCAAGAGGCGUGCAAAAGUGGAACCUCUUUUCAACUGCUUGGCCUUGCAGCAAUACAUUCUUUUAUGCGCACAGGAGCCUGGUGGUGGACUCAGAGACAAACCUGGCAAGUCUAGAGAUCAUUACCACACAUGUUACUGUCUAAGCGGCCUUUCAGUGUGUCAACAUAGCUGGUCAGAAGAUGAGGAUUCUCCGCCCUUGACAAGUGCCAUAUUAGGUUCAUAUUCCAAUCUUCUGGAACCCAUCCAUCCCCUCUACAAUGUUGUAUUAGAUCGCUACCAGGAAGCACAUGAGUUCUUUUCAAGGUCCUAAGCAAAUCUUCUGUCUUAUGAAACGAGUGAUAGAUCCUAAUUGAUGACAAUUUAUGAAGUGAGAGAAACAUUCUGCUCAUUUUAGGCACUUUGCAACAUUCAGAGGUUGUAUGAAUGCUUUUGUUGAGUGUCACUUAGGUUGGAGGCCUGGAAGCUGGAAGCACUGAUUCUCAAGGGUGCUCCCUUCCAUUAGUACUCCCACCCUAAUCUUGUUCCCUUUAUCAACCAUGCAUCCUAUUGGUCGAUGUCGAAGUAGAGUUCCAUAAGGAAAACAAUCCAUCAGGAAUUAAAGAAUUUAUAAGUUAUAAUAAUAAUAAUCUUUUUCUUUUUUA